CGCGCACUACCCGGCAUGCCGCGGGGGGCGGGCUCGAGCCAAGAUGGCGGCGCCGCUGGAGGAGUACGAGAAAGAAGCGGGCUGCGUCCCUGUCCUGCACCCGGAGGAAAUAAAGCCUCAAAGCCAUUACAACCAUGGCUAUAGUGAAUCUCUUGGACGGAAAAGCCACAUUGAUGAUUACAGCACUUGGGACAUUGUCAAAGCCACACAGUAUGGAAUCUAUGAACGAUGUAGAGAGCUGGUGGAAGCAGGUUAUGAUGUACGACAACCAGACAAAGAAAAUGUAACGCUUCUCCACUGGGCUGCAAUCAACAACAGGAUAGAUCUGGUGAAAUACUAUAUAUCAAAAGGUGCUAUUGUUGAUCAACUCGGAGGAGAUCUAAAUUCUACCCCACUUCAUUGGGCAACAAGGCAGGGUCACUUAUCCAUGGUUGUGCAGCUGAUGAAAUAUGGAGCGGACCCGUCACUUAUCGAUGGAGAAGGAUGCAGCUGUAUUCAUUUGGCUGCUCAGUUUGGACACACUUCGAUUGUUGCUUACCUGAUAGCAAAGGGACAGGACGUAGAUAUGAUGGAUCAAAAUGGAAUGACACCUUUAAUGUGGGCAGCUUACAGAACACAUAGUGUGGAUCCAACUCGAUUGCUGCUUACAUUUAAUGUUUCUGUUAAUCUUGGAGACAAAUAUCACAAAAACACAGCAUUGCACUGGGCUGUGCUAGCAGGAAAUACUACAGUUAUUAGUCUUCUGUUAGAAGCUGGAGCUAAUGUUGAUGCUCAAAAUAUAAAGGGAGAAUCACCACUUGAUCUUGCAAAACAGAGGAAAAAUGUUUGGAUGAUCAAUCACCUACAAGAAGCAAGACAGGCAAAGGGAUAUGACAGUCCAUCUUUCCUGAGGAAACUAAAAGCUGAUAAGGAAUUCCGUCAGAAGGUGAUGCUGGGUACUCCUUUCCUUGUCAUUUGGCUGGUUGGGUUUAUAGCAGACCUGGACAUUGAUUCUUGGCUUGUUAAGGGGCUGAUGUAUGGUGGCGUUUGGGCUAUGGUGCAGUUUCUUUCCAAGUCGUUCUUUGAUCACUCCAUGCACAGCGCACUUCCUCUUGGAAUUUACUUGGCAACGAAAUUCUGGAUGUAUGUGACAUGGUUCUUCUGGUUUUGGAAUGAUCUCAAUUUCUUCUUUAUACACCUUCCAUUCCUUGCUAACAGCAUUGCACUUUUCUACAAUUUUGGAAAAUCCUGGAAGUCUGAUCCAGGAAUCAUCAAAGCCACAGAAGAGCAAAAGAAAAAGACAAUAGUAGAACUUGCAGAGACGGGAAGUCUGGACCUCAGUAUAUUCUGCAGUACCUGCUUGAUACGAAAGCCAGUGAGGUCCAAACACUGUGGUGUAUGCAAUCGAUGUAUAGCGAAGUUUGAUCACCACUGUCCCUGGGUGGGGAACUGUGUAGGAGCAGGGAACCACCGCUAUUUCAUGGGAUACCUGUUCUUCCUGCUUUUCAUGAUCUGCUGGAUGAUUUAUGGAUGUAUCUCUUACUGGGGGUUCCACUGUGAGACGAGUUAUGCAAAGGAUGGCUUCUGGACCUACGUUACACAAAUUGCCACCUGUUCUCCAUGGAUGUUUUGGAUGUUUCUAAACAGUGUUUUUCACUUCAUGUGGGUGGCUGUGUUACUCAUGUGUCAGAUGUAUCAGAUAUCUUGCUUGGGGAUCACAACAAAUGAAAGAAUGAAUGCAAGGAGAUACAAGCACUUUAAAGUUACAACAACUACUAUUGAAAGCCCAUUCAACCAUGGAUGUAUAAGGAACGUUAUAGACUUCUUUGAAUUCAGAUGCUGUGGUCUUUUUCGGCCUGUUAUCGUGGACUGGACAAGGCAGUACACAAUAGAAUACGACCAAACUUCAGGAUCAGGCUACCAGCUGGUGUAGCACCACCUCCAUCCUGUGAGCAUAUCAUAUCUGAGUGGUGCCUGGAAAAUUUCCUCUCUCAUCCACGUCCCUUGAAGAGUAGCAUGCUAUGUGUAGGGCUGAUGAUGAAUUAUAAGGUACCUUCUCUUCAGCAAAAUUUCGUUAACAGAAGUAAACAUGGACAGAAUAAACUGCCAAGCCUGAUAAGGAAGAGGAGGAAGAUCAAAAAAAAAGGGAUUUUAACAGUUCUUAAUGUGAGAAUGAUUCGUGACAGCAUAUUCACAGUAUUUCUUGUUGAGUUUAUUUGAGGUCUUUCACAAUGGAGCAUGAGAUUACUGAAGUAUUGACAUAAGUAGUUACAUUGUGCUGGACAGAAAAAUUGAUUUCCCAAUAUGAAUAAUUCCACUGAAACAAGCAUCUAGACUAUCAAACUAAAUUUCAUGAUGCAGAGCUCACUGAUUGCUGUGUUACAGUUCCUGUAAUGUGAGGUUUUAAUGCAGGUUUUCUGUAGUAUAUCCAUUGACAAAUGUGCUUUUCAAUACUGCUGUAAGCAUCAUGUGGGAAUCCCCUGUAACCUCUUAAGUUAGAGCAGUAGGGCACAUCAGGUAAUAUUAAGGAAAAAGACAUUGUCCACGUGUUUUGGUGCUUGUUUUUGCCACCAGUUAGUGAUACAACUGCAUACUUGUGAUAACCCUGUUCUGGCAUUAUACAGCCUGAAAUAAGCAGUUGUGCAAAUAAGGAGAGCUCUUCUGUCAGAGUUAAAGCCCUGCUUUAAAUGCAUGAAAACACCUGUGCAACUGGAUUACAGCAUGUAAUGUUCAGGGGGAAAAAAGUGGAGAAAACAUAAUUUUCUUUGAAAUGAUUGUAUAAGCAAAAAUUACAGCUAGCAGUGUUCCAGUGUCAGGUUUGGUCCUCUCCAUGCAGAGUAACUGGAGACAUGCUGGAAGAGAAAUUGCAUCGGGGGAAACUACAGACGUGAAAGCAAACACUCAGUUAUGGACUGACAAUAUGCUUUUAAGUUGAGUGCAACUGCAGAAGAGCCUAAAUUAGUCUGAAAUGCUUAUUUUGUUUGGAUGUAGUGGAAGCCAAAGUUAAAAGUGAAUGAAAACCCCAUCCUAGCACAUGCAGGAAAUGUAAGGCAGCAUUCUGAAGCAGAUGGUGCACUGGCAUGUGGAAAUCACCCUUUUUUUCUUGAUUUGAGUUCUCAUGCUGCAGGUAUGUUUGGAAGGUAAGGAGUGAUCUGGAAUUGCAUUCCAUAGGGGCUUGAAUGUGAUGCACUGAUUUAUUUUCUUUUUUUUUCUUUUUUUGCUAUGGUGUUUUCAUAAACUCACGGUGAAUUGUUCACUGCUUCCUUAACUAUUGUUUACAGAGAGACUGAGAUUCAGGUUAAUUCUCUUCUAAGUGCUGUAGCAACCCAGUGGUUCAAGAAAUCUGUGAGGGGAGUUUGGGGAGGGACCUGCAAGCAGAUGUCCGAGACCAGUGUAAAGAAUGUGUAUCUGUAUAUAAAUAAUUUAUCAAAUA